UUAAAUAAAUAAAAAAUACAUCCGUUUGUUUUUGUAAGUUCCGGUCUGUCUUGACCGUCGACUUUUAGCUCCGCCCCCCGCUGCUGCCGCCGCGGGCUCUCCGGGUGAGGGUUCGUGAGUCCACCUCCAAUGUUUACAGAGCGAGGGUCGUGUCAGAAGUCUUCACCUCAUGCUGAUGCUGGAGAACUGAGAGGUGUUCUUCCAUCAUGGAGGCUGUAGUCGACUUCCUGAAUGCGUUCAUCGGCGAGGCCAGUGGAUUUUCUGUGACGCUCAGCCUCUUCCUCGUCUUUCUGGGUCUCCUCUACUGGUAUUCAGUCUACCCAUUUUCUGUCCUCUCUCGAUGUGGCAUCAAACAUCCAAAGCCAGUUCCUUUCUUAGGCAACAUAUUCCUGUUUCGCCAGGGAUUUUUCAGCCCAUUGUCUGAUCUUAUAAAGACACAUGGCAGGAUAUGCGGGUAUUAUUUGGGCCGCACACCGGUGGUGCUGGUCGCAGACCCUGAUAUGCUCAGACAAGUGAUGGUCAAGGAUUUCAGCAGCUUCCCCAACAGAAGGACAAUUCCCUUUGCCCCCAAGCCCAUGUCUGACACUCUGCUCCUGUUAAAGAACGACCGGUGGAAGAGAGUCCGGAGCAUCGUGAGCCCAUCCUUCAGUGGUGCCAGAAUGAAAGAAAUGGUUCCACUCAUCAACACAGCCUCUGAUGCCCUGAUGAACAACCUGAAUGUCCACGCUGAGUCAGGAGAGGCCUUUGACAUCCACAGGUGUCUCGGCUGCUUCACCAUGGACGUCAUUGCCAGCGUGGCAUUUGCAACUCAGGUGGACUCUCAGAACAAACCAGAUGACCCGUUUGUCCACCACGCCAAAAUGUUCUUCUCCCUGUCUUUCCUCAGACCCAUCAUAUUGUUCUUCAUUGCUUUUCCGUUCAUCGCGGCUCCUCUGGCGAGAUUCAUCCCCAACAAAAAACAAGACCAGAUGAAUCAGUUCUUCAUCAACAUCAUUCAGAAGAUCAUCAAGCAGAGAGAGGAGCAGCCUCCUGAGCAGAGGCGUAGAGACUUCCUCCAGCUCAUCUUAGAUGCUCGAACCAGCGAUGAGAUGGUGUCGUUGGAGCACUUUGACACAGCAAACCAUGCAGAUGAGCUGGACCACAGGAACCAGCGGACACAGGCGUCGGCCUCGGAUCAGGACAGCGGCCAUCCACACCCACAGGAGUCACCCGUCAGGCGGCCGCAGAAGAAGAAGAUGACUGAGGAUGAGGUUGUGGGUCAGGCUUUUGUCUUCCUCCUGGCAGGUUAUGAAACCAGCAGCAACACGUUGGCCUUCACCUGCUACCUUCUGGCCCUCCACCCUGAGUGUCAACGCAGAGUCCAGGAGGAGGUGGAUGAUUUCUUCACCAGACAUAAAGGUUUAGAAUAA